AAAGAUGACAACUGAAUUGUUUUGUGUAUUUGUGACUAUAAAUUAUGCGUUGAUUAAUGCUCAGCUGACAUAUGCUGAAAUUUAAUAAAAUAUUCUGUGACUUAUAAAUUCCUUCAAAGUUCAACCUUAGCAACCAAAGUCAUCGUUGCUAUUUUGUUGUGCUUUUGUUUAUUUACCAAUCGUUCGUCAGUUCCUCAAUUCUUUUAAAAAAUUCAAACGAAAAAGUUUUUCAUUCUUUAUCAGAUUUUUUGUCGUCGUCUUCAUCUCUUUUUGAUAUUUUUCAAUUGUGUGACUAAAGGAACGAGUUGUAAGAGAAAAUAAGGAAAAGAAGAAGGAUGUGGACAUCAGAAGUUGAAAAUAAAUUUCUGCUCACACCACAAAGUGCCAUCGUAAAGAAUAUCGUCUAUGAGAUACUUCGUGAAUGUGACAUAAAAGAUUUUGUGGUUGAAAAGAAGUUUGUCACGUUUUUAGUUCAUUUAGUGACAUUGCAGAUCUAUCGACAAGAAGAAAUUGACUUGAAUGGAAGAAUUGAUCGAAAUUGUAUUGAGGAAAUCAUUAGGAUUUGCUUGAUGCAUAUUAUAGAUUUAAAUGAAACACCAUCAAAUAUCACACUUAAGAUGCAAGUCUUCUUCAUUGAGAAUGCAAAGCCAUACGACGAAAUCAUCACGGAAUAUCAUGAGAAUUUAAGUAAAAAGACGAGUAGUUUGGUAAAGGAAAUAAUUGAGGGAAUGGCAAAAAGCAAAGAGGAGCUAAUUGUCAUGCAGAAGAAGAUUAUUGUUGACAUUAUUUUACAGACUGCUCUCGGAAGUCCUUCCAACCCCGAAGUUGUGACUGAAAUAACAAAAGCUUUAAAUUCCAUCAUGACUGAAAGUGAUUUAGAGAAUUUUGUAGAGUUGGAGGCUCAUAAUCGAAUGGAAUCGCUGAAAGAAAUUCGAAUGAUUGUUUGUGGAAUCGUCUUAUUUAAUAAAGAUACAGGAGUUGGCAACACGAUGGAUGAAAACAUUCCCGAUUUGACAAAAACUUUGCUGAAAUCUUUCGAUUCAAUUGAGUCAUUGCUGCAAUUUACACUCUGCGACAUUAUGGAUCGAGUAAAUAUUUUAACAACAGCAUUUGAUGGUGCAUUAGCAAUUGGAAAAUCGUUUGUGCUGAAUGCAACUUUAUUGGAAACAUCAGAAAUUAAUAUAAUGAUUGAUUUAUUGAUAUUGAAUCGACAACAUGAGAUUUAUGUGAGGAAGUUGUUGGGCAAUUUGAAAUUUAUGAAGGCACUGAUUGAAGCUCAUGUCCGAAAUUAUGCUGAGAAGCUCUUAAAACUUCAUGAAACUGUUCAAUUUCGAUCAGCAGUUCCGAGUGUUCAAAUCUUUCCAAAAUUUAAGGAACUGACUGAAGAAUGGGUGGCACUUCAUAACCUGUCAUAUGUCCUCUCACAACAGAGUCAAAUUAAUAAUUAUCUACAGCAUCUAUCUGAGCUAUGUAGACAACAACAAUAUGAUGAAAUAGUCCAUAAAUUAUUAGGUGAAAGUCAAAUCGAAACUGAUCAUACUCGAGUACAGAAGCGUCGAAAUUUGAAAUUGGAUGCAACAAGUUUUGAAGGAACUAAUCCGCAUGUCUCAAUUGUUCAGCCACCCGAAAGCAAUUCAGAGAUUGAAUAUUUGGGCUUUUGUGCUUAUGUGCUGGCUGAAAGCAAAAUUUUACUACCAAGCGUUCCUGAAAUGGGAACAGUUCUAUGGAAUCAAAAGAUUUAUGGCUUUUACAGCAUCGAAGCUGCUAAACUUUUCAUUACCAAACCAAAAUUGUACAUCAACAAGAUUUUGGAAGUGAUGAAGAGCAGCAUUCAGUUGGUUCUGUUCUUUAAUAUCUAUAAUGCUAUAAAAUUAAUAAAAAGUUCACCAAUCGAUGUUGAUGCUUUAAUGGAAGGAUCAUCAAAAUCAAAUGAUCAAGAGACAUUUUCAGUGGAUCAAGCAACUCAGACUGAAUUGCAUCCAGUUCCAUUUUAUAAGGACGAAACUUAUGUUUGGAAUUUGUGGGAUUUGAGACGUAAAGCCAUAGAAUUGGCAAAUUUGCGUCGGAAGAAGACAUCAUCAGCACAAACUUUAACUUCAUAUCAUCGACUGGAUAUAGCAUCGCAGCGCUAUGACUUGCAUCAGAAAAAUUCACAAACAAAUGAAACCAAAAAAAUUAACACAGAAUAA